AUGACCAUCCAGUUUGUCGCGAUCAUCGACGCAGCCAAUAUACCUGUUUUUAUCAAGUCCUUUAGCGAUGAACAAGAAACACAGCUGGCGCACCAGUUUAUCGCCGAGAUGGCCCUGGACUAUGUUGAUGCUGAGCUCAAUAAACCAAAUCUGCCGAGCACAUGCUCUCUGCUGGUAGUCCACAAUGGUAUUGCAGUGUAUGGAUUUCUAGCAAACACAAAUAUUAAACUAUUUAUUGGCACAGACGCGUGGAGCGAGCAAAUGGACCUCGGGCCAACCAUGAAGGAGCUACAGCAACUGUAUAUUGCCCAUGUUUGCAAUCCUUUCUACAACAGCAAACAAAGCCGCAUCACGAGCGCCAGUUUCUCGGCGAAAGUUGAACAAAUCGUGUCCCAAUCGCAGCCCGCGUAG